CGGCCACCGUUCCAGAUAUUAGAUCCUUUUUAGAUCACCGUUGCUAGGAAUGUUCCAGCUAACCGACCGAAGGCUCCACCGGCUGUCCGUGGAGCUAAAGCCGUGAUCCUCAGCCGGAGUUUCUGUCGGUUUUUGUUAAGUUUUCCUCCUUUUAUCCCUCUUAUCAUCAGAUAUCGGGGUUACUAUGGAAGACCUUGCCGGGGUGAAGAGCAGCCAGCCUCCCGGAGGAGAGGAGCGGGGCGUGGGGGAAGGUGGAGGCCCGGAGAGGGGCUCUGGAGGCGGGCUGACCGCAGCCCAGCUGGCGGUGCUGGAGAGAUGCCUCCACGGCCUGAAACACGCGAAAAACGACAGUCACACGCUGGCUGCUCUGCUGCUGAUAUCUCGGCUCUGCCCGGCCAGCCAGCUGGACCAGCCCACCCUGCGGCGGCUCUUCCAGGCCGUGGGUCUGAACCUUCCGGCUCGGCUCCUGAUGACGGCGGUCCGAGGCAGCGAGAGCUCAAUGUUACCCCCAGAUGAGCUGCUCUCUCUGGGCACGGCUCUGCUGGCCGCCCUGAGCACCGACCCAGACAUGGCCUCCCACCCCCAGCUGCUCUCCACCAUCCCCCUGCUGCUGGGCAUCUUAGCCAACGGCCCGGCGAACCAGCAGAACCAGGACCGAGGCGGCCAGAGUCCAGAGAAGAACGCAGCCGAAGCCUCAAAGCCGGAUCCGGUCGGAGAGACAAGCGACAAAGCGGCCAGAACGCCUUCAGAAGCGUCCUCCAGGCUGGACGAGGCCAUGGCUGCAGACUGCUACCAGGUUCUGACGGCGGUUUGUGGUCUCCCCAGAGGUCCAGACCAGCUCCUGAGCCGAGCUGCUGUCCCGGCUCUGUGCCAGGCGGUGGAACAGAACCAGACUCUGAGCCGGGGGAGGGGGCUGGCCCUGCUCGGCCUCCUCCUGUCCGGCAAAACCAGAACCAAAGCGUGGAGGAGACACUCUGCAGAACUCCUGGCUCUGCUGGUCCGACUCUCCAAAGACUUCAGCCAGUCCUCAGACCAGAACCGGUUCAGUAUGUGUUCCCAGCUGGUCCAGUUCCUGCCCCCUGCUGGGAUGGCGGCCCAGAGCGAAGACCUGAAGGGGGUUGUGAGACGGGUCUGGGUGGCACUGAGGCCCAUGAUGCAGGCCAAGUUAACGCCCAAACAGAUGGGACCGGUCCUGGUCCUCAGCGCCUGUCUGCUGGACCUGCACGGCUGGGAGCUGGUGGGACCCCCCAAGUUCUGCUGCCUGCUGGUGAACCGGGCCUGUGUGGAGGUUCGCAUGGGUUUAGAAGAACCACCAGGAAAUGAUCUGAGCCCAGAGCUGCAGCAAACUCUGACAGGUUGUUACCGGAUCAUGGAGGCGUCCAUAGAACAGGCGUGCCUCCAGACGUCUCCUCAGAUCUCCGUCUCAGGUCUGAGUCUGCAGCAGAGCCGUCAGGUUCUGGGGGUUCUGGAGGAGGCCUUCUCUGCUCUCAUGUUCUACCUGCAGCAGGUGGAUCCGAGUCGCUAUGGCGACCCGUUCGUCUUCGCCACCGUCCGCUCUCUGUGCUCGUGGUUGGCCGAGGAGACUUCCUGUCUGAGGGAGGAAGUGACCAAACUGCUGCCGUUUCUGAUCAGCUACAGCCGGAAGCACCUGCAGGACGACGGCUCUGAGCAGAACCUCCAUGACUGGAUCAGCGAGGAGAGGGACGGCUGGACGGGCAGCGAGGCUCUGAGGUAUCUCCUCCCAGCUCUGUGCCACCUGUCAGCAGAAGAAGGUCCAAGGAAGGUUCUGCUCGGCCUGGACGCUCCAGCGCUGCUGGUGGACUUCCUGUCUCGGUGCUGGACUUCCAUGAAGGGGAAAGGAUGGGCGACAAUGGCCAGAGAUCCCAGUAUGGAAACGGCCUGCUCAGCCCUUCUGAACUUCACCGUGACGGAGCCGGAGAGAGUCAGGUAGC